AAGGUUCACUUUCGUACGACUCUCCGAACAGUUCACACCAUUUUUCAUUGCUUUGUAAAAUAAUACAAAUAUUUUAGCUCUUUACACCAACACCAACUCGAAAUUUAGCAAAGUAAUUAUUUUAACGCAAGACAAUGCUGCUGGUGCAAGUUGUUUUAAAGAAUGGAAAACCUCUGGAAAUUGAGCCAAUGCUAUUCGAAAUGAAGAAAACUGAUAAUAUUCUGGUGCUAAGGCAGAAGCUGGAGCCCAUUCUGGCGAUUCCUCUAUACGAGUUGAGCAUCCGCAAGUCUCACAGCAGACUUCCGGACCAGAAAGUAAUGUCCGACAUCUUGGGUGCGAGCGAUUAUAAUGCAGAGCUCGCCAUAUACCACAAGCGCUCUUUAGUGGCCUUCGCCCGCUUCUAUAAGCAGGCGUUUAAGGAUGGGAAGCCCCUGGAGAAGAUGUUCUGCGUUAGGACUAGGAGCCGCAGCAGCCGGCGAUAGGACGAUCGGCUCAGGUCGCUACCUCGAGCUUAGACGUAAAGGAAGAGCCGCCCUUCUGCAGGCUACAGAUGUUCUAAAAUUUAGUUGUCAAAAAUUUAAUGUUAAAGUUUGGCUUUCUUAAUGGGAACCCAAAAGGGGCCAUGUUUAAAAAUGUAUCGUUAAAGCUGGAAUCGAACUGCUGUGCUGUGUACUUGUCACGGGCUUGGAACGUGUUACCAAGACAACGAGCUGUCUUUCUGGCCACUGGUAUCAUGGGUCAUCGAACAAACAAGCCAAGAAGGCUUCGCGAAUUUUCCCAAAAGGCAAGUUGGAGUCGGAGCUGGAGCACGGACUGGAGGCCAGGCGGCGGAUAUGAAGUUCCUGCUGAAGAAAUGCCUUCGCAAGAAGGCGCCGGAGAUGAAGCCCGGGGCCAUCCUAGACGCCGUCAUCUCGCAGUCCUCGGCCACCGCCUGCAAGUGCCUGCUCUACAAGCUGGCGGAUUACAAGAGAGGUGGCGACCUCAUCGACGCCAUCAACUCGGGCGGACUGAUUGCGGUGGAGCAGCUGAUCCGGGAGCAGUUCGGCGUAUUCAUGUACAACGAUGGCAAGGGGCAGGUGAUCAACCGCGCGGAGUUCCUGCGCUGGAAGUACCGCGACCACACCGAGGUGACCAUACCCAUUGAGGCGUCGCUGUCCAUCCACGAUCCGCUGGGCAAGUGGGAGGACCACAAGGCCUGCUGGCAGAUGCAGUACCGCGGCGCCCUGGGCGAGAGUCUGCUCCAUGUGCUGAUCAUCUGCGACUCGAAGGUGCACACAAAGCUGGCGCGGGUGCUGCUCCGCGUGUUCCCCAACCUGGCGCUGGACGUGAUGGAGGGCGAGGAGUAUCUGGGCGCCAGUGCCCUGCACCUGUCCAUCGCCUACAGCAACAACGAGCUGGUGGCUGAUCUGAUCGAGGCCGGCGCGAACAUCAAUCAGCGGGCGAUCGGCAGCUUCUUCCUGCCGCGCGAUCAGCAGCGGGCUCAUCCGGCCAAGAGCACCGACUACGAGGGACUGGCCUACAUGGGUGAGUAUCCCCUGGCCUGGGCCGCCUGCUGUGCCAACGAGAGCGUGUACAACCUGCUGGUGGACUGCGGCUCCGACCCGGAUGCCCAGGACUCCUUCGGCAACAUGAUCCUGCACAUGGUGGUGGUGUGCGACAAGCUGGACAUGUUCGGCUACGCCCUGCGGCACCCCAAGACCCCGGCCAAGAACGGCAUUGUCAACCAGACGGGACUCACUCCGCUCACCCUGGCCUGCAAGCUGGGACGGGAGGAGCUCUUCCGCGAGAUGCUGGAGCUGUCCGCCCGCGAGUUCUGGCGGUACAGCAACAUCACCUGCUCCGGAUACCCCCUCAAUGCGCUGGACACUCUCCUGCCGGAUGGCAGGACCAAUUGGAAUUCCGCUUUGUUCAUCAUCCUAAACGGAACCAAGCCGGAGCAUCUGGACAUGCUGGACGGCGGCAUCAUCCAGCGCCUCCUGGAGGAGAAGUGGAAGACCUUUGCGCAGAACCAGUUCCUCAAGCGCCUGCUCAUCCUGUCCACCCAUCUGCUGUGCCUGUCCGUAUCCGUUUACCUGCGACCCGCCCACAAUGGUGAGGCCGAGGGCGAGGACUCCGAGGUAUCCGAAUCGCUGACAGCCGCCCUUCAGGAGGUGGAGUCGGAGGACGGGAACGAAAACGAUGGGAACAAUGCCCAAACGGUGGCUAGAUACUGCGCAGAGUUUGCCACCUUGGCAGGAGUUCUCAGCUACGUCAUCUUCCAGCAGGGCGACGAAAUCAAGAACCAGGGACUAUCCGCCUUUCUCAAGCAGCUGUCCCAUGCUCCAGCAAAGGCCAUCUUUCUGUUCUCCAACUUGCUGAUCCUGGCGUGCAUUCCGUUUCGCCUGAUUGGUGACACCGAUACCGAAGAGGCCAUCCUGAUCUUUGCUGUUCCGGGCUCUUGGUUCCUGCUGAUGUUUUUUGCAGGUGCCAUUCGGCUGACCGGCCCCUUUGUGACCAUGAUCUACUCCAUGAUCACGGGCGACAUGUUCACCUUUGGCAUUAUCUACUGCAUUGUGCUGUGUGGCUUCUCGCAGGCCUUCUACUUCCUGUACAAGGGCCAUCCCCAGGUGCAGUCCACCAUGUUCAACACCUACACCAGCACCUGGAUGGCCCUCUUCCAAACUACUUUGGGCGACUAUAACUAUCCCGAUCUGAACCAGACCACGUACCCCAACCUCUCCAAGACCGUGUUCAUCAUCUUCAUGAUCUUUGUGCCCAUCCUGCUGCUCAACAUGUUGAUUGCCAUGAUGGGCAACACCUAUGUGACCGUCAUCGAGCAGUCGGAAAAGGAGUGGAUGAAGCAGUGGGCCAAGAUCGUGGUCACCCUGGAGCGUGCGGUGCCGCAGGCGGAUGCCAAGGGCUAUUUGGAGGCCUACUCCAUUCCGCUGGGUCCCUCGGACGAUUCGGGAUUCGAGGUGCGCGGCGUGAUGGUCAUCAAGAGCAAGAGCAAAACGAGGGCCAAGCAGCGCAAGGGAGCCGUCUCCAACUGGAAGCGUGUGGGCCGCGUGACUCUGACGGCGCUCAAGAAGCGCGGGAUGACCGGCGAGGAGAUGCGUCGCCUCAUGUGGGGCCGGGCCUCCAUCUCCAGUCCCGUGAAGGUCGCCAAGCAGAAGCUCAAGGAUCCCUACAACCUGCACGCCGAUUCGGACUUCACCAACGCCAUGGACAUGCUGACCUUUGCCAACGAUCCGGCCUCCUCGAAUGGCAUUGUGCUGCGAACGGUGACAGCUACGGCUCCUGCGCCGCCAGCUCCGGAUCCCUUCAGGGAGCUGAUCAUGAUGUCGGACCAGCGACCGGAGACCCAUGAUCCUCACUACUUCGCCGGCUUGCAGCAGCUGGCCAACAAGGCCUUCGAUUUGGUGGAGCAAACGAUGAAGACGCAGCCGCAAGCACCGGUUUCCCAGCAGAUGGAUCCCUUGCCGGUCGCUACAGCGGGCACAGCAACUCCUGGCGCUCCCACAGCUCAAGAUGUUCCUCCCGACCUAAUGGCCAUGCCCCUGCCCAUCUCCAAUUUGAGCAAUCUGUUCCAGGACCCCAAGGAUAUUGUAGAUCCCAAGAAGCUGGAGGAGUUCAUGGCCAUGCUGGCCGAGGUGGAGACCGAGGAGAGCGACAGCGGUGGUCCCAUUCUGGGCAAGCUUUCGCUGGCCAAGCGGACGCACAAUGCUUUGUCAAAGGCGGAUAUCCGACGGGAGCAGCCGGGAUUCGAGGGUCACAGCCACGGGCAGUUCCAACCCAUGUCCUCGGUGUGGGCGCCGCCUGGUGUGGAUGUGGAUACAGGAUUCCACUUCGAUGAGGCCGUGGCGGAGGAGGUGCUGACCAUCGAGCAGGAAGCCGAGGUGGAGACCGAGGACGGCAAUGGGGGGCAGGACAGUGAGGACAUGCCCACGGCCGAGGAAGUGCACGCCACCAUGAAGCAGUUCCACCUGCGCAAGUGCCAGCCAGCGCAGGACGAGGCCGCUCGUCGGGCCAAAAGUGCUCGCGUUCGUCGAAGGAACAAGGUUUCGCCGGAGCAGAGUGAUGAUCCAGACGAGCGCAGCCAGCGAGGACGAUCGGCUUACAGCCGGAAGGCACAAUCUCCGCCUGAUCCCCUGGAACCGUGGAGCACCCGCGAGCUGCAGGACAUCAACAAGAUCCUGGCCAGAAAGUGAACACAGCGCAGCAGUUUCUGGCACAUAGUCCUUGUUUGCUUAUAAUUGUUUGUCAGAGCUUAGCUUAGUUAGAAGUACAAAUACAUAAUAAACCGCGGAUGCCACGCGAAACGUUAUGCUUUGGACCGGAGGCAUCCGCGUCAUACACUA